AGCACACAGACACACUGACACAGGACAGGGCUGAUCGCAAGUAGAUAAGUGUCUGCUUCUGAGAAGAUUCGCUCCGGGAAAAGGGAAAACUGGAUUUAAAGGGCUUUAAAAAAAACAAAAACCCGUCAAAUAUAAUUUUGACAAGAGAGGUCGCGAUCUUUCUGCUUGAAGCGACCACCGGAGGAGUCGGUCAAGUGUGGUGAACUUUGUGCUUUUGAUUUGUUUGCAGUUUGUAACUUUCUCAGGGUGAAUUUAAAUGCACUUCACUGGGCAUUAUUAUUAUUAUUAUUAUUAUUAUAACCCACUGGAUUUGAACAUGUGAGCAGUAAAGGAUUGAUGUAAGGCUUUCUGCGGUAGAUGCUGCGUUUAGGCGCUUUAGGUAAAGUGCACUUCCAAGGUGACUAAUUAGGGAGCGACGUUGAUGUCCCGCUACAAACAGCAGCACAGUACAUACAUAUAGGUGAGACGGUGCAGAAUAAACUAAAAGAAGAGAGCUGGUCGGACUCACAGGCUCACAUAUGAGUGAAGACAACUCACCGACAUUUAUGGAGGGUCCGUUUAUAAAGGGGCUCUCGCUGUAAAACUGAAAAUGGAGCUCUCUCUCUUCCAGGAUGCAAGUUAUAGGAGCGCUUAGUUAGUUUUAUUACAGCUUUUCAUUUGCUCUUUUUUUUUUUACCUCGUAAAGAGACAAUAUUGCGAGAGAAAACCCUCACAAAAAAGACAGAUAACCGUCGUGUUACACCGCCAACCACGAUGGCCUCCAGCUCGCGGGACAGCUGCCUCUGGUUGCUCUGGAGACGGACCCUCCUCGCGCUGUGGCUGUGCGCUCUCGGGGCGCGCGGAGCAGAGGAUGACAGCGCGUUCAACGCAGAGACAUGGCUGAGGAUGUAUGGUUACCUGCCCCAGGCCAGCAGACAGAUGUCAACCAUGCGAUCAGCUCAGAUCCUGUCCAACUCCAUCAGUGACAUGCAGCGGUUCUACGGCCUGGAGGUCACCGGACAGAUGGACUCUGGAACCAUCAGCGCAAUGAAGAAACCCCGCUGCGGUGUGCCUGACAAGUUUGGAGGCCAGAUCAAAACCAACGUGCGGCGGAAACGCUACGCCCUAACCGGACAUAAGUGGAGCAAAGGCCACCUCACGUACAGUAUCCAGAACUACACACCUAAGAUCGGAGAGUAUGAGUCAUACGAAGCCAUCCGGCGAGCCUUUAAAGUCUGGGCGAGCGUCACCCCGUUGACCUUUGACGAAAUCCCCUACCAGGAGAUCAAAUACGGACGCCGCAAGGAGCCCGACAUCAUGAUCUUCUUUGCCUCGGGUUUUCAUGGAGACAGCUCUCCUUUUGAUGGGGAGGGGGGCUUCCUAGCCCAUGCCUACUUCCCUGGACCUGGAAUGGGUGGGGACACACACUUUGACUCAGACGAACCGUGGACCAUUGGAAACCAGAAUUUACAAGGUAACGACCUCUUCCUGGUAGCAGUCCACGAGCUGGGCCAUGCCCUGGGUUUAGAGCAUUCCAACAACCCCCUGGCCAUUAUGGCUCCCUUUUAUCAAUGGAUGGAGACCGAGAACUUCCAGCUGCCCGAGGAUGACCUGCGAGGCAUUCAGCAGAUCUACGGUCAACAAAACAGUGGUCCAACACAGGCCUUGCCCACAGUGACACCCCGUCGCCCGGAGCCCAGGCCACCUCAGAAUCCCCCCAGGCACCCCGACCGCCCCAGAACCACUGACAGACCGGAUCACUAUGGACCCAAUAUCUGCGAAGGCAACUUUGACACUGUUGCCAUGCUCCGAGGAGAGAUGUUUGUUUUCAAGGGUCGUUGGUUCUGGAGGGUUCGCAGGAACAGGGUUCUGGAUAACUACCCGAUGCCCAUCGGUCACUUUUGGAGGGGGCUACCCGGAGACAUAGAUGCUGCCUAUGAAAGACACGACGGCAGAUUCGUCUUCUUUAAAGGAAACAGAUUCUGGGUUUUCCGGGAAGCUAACCUGGAACAAGGCUAUCCACUGGAGCUGGUCGAUUACGGCCGGGAGAUUCCCUACGACCGAAUAGACACAGCCAUCUGGUGGGAGCCAUCGGGGUACACCUACCUCUUCCAAGGAGACAGGUACUGGCGCUUCAGCGAGCAGUCGCGCUCUGCAGACCGAGGCUACCCGAAACCAAUCAGCGUCUGGGGAACGUCAGUGCCCAACACUCCCAAGGGGGCUUUCCUUAGCGAUGACGGAGCUUACACCUACUUCUACAAGGGCUCCAAGUACUGGAAGUUUGACAACCACCGCAUGAAGAGCGAGCCAGGCUACCCCAAGUCCAUCCUGAGGGACUUCAUGGGCUGCAGCGUGGACCAGGACCCGGACAGAGACAGAGACAGAGACAAAGACACGGACACCGACUCAGGACGCAAACAGCCCGACGUGAACCGCCCGCCGUUCAACCCCGACGCGGGACGCGACGGCGACAAAGGCAAAGACCGGGACAGACCGGAUCCCGGCAAAAACGACAGAGAAGGAGGCAAAGGCUCGGACGGCGACAAAGACGAAGACUACCGGGAGGGUCGCGAGGAAGACACCAACGAGGUGGACGUGGUGCUGAAGGUGGACGACAGCGAGGAGCGGACCAUGAACAUCCUUAUGGUGACCAUCCCACUGGUCCUGGUGCUGUGCAUCCUGGGACUCAUCUACGCCAUCAUCAACACGCUGCAGAGCAAAGGAGCGCCGAGGCUGCUGGUGCACUGCAAGCGCUCGCUGCAGGACUGGGUCUGACCCUGGACAUUAGGGGACACCGAACUUUGAACUUCCAAACGGAUCUUAGACACCGCCCCCAACCCUUCCCCGUCCUCCUCUAACCGAACCCUCCUCCCGGUGAUCAUCUGUCUCACGUCUCUGUGCUCAGUGGCUCCUGCAACUCUUAGUACAUGUGAUAGCUGAUCCAUGCAAAUACUGUACUGAUACAGAUACACACACACAUACACACACACACACUAGAAAAAAAGCAUAAUUUAUGUCUUUUACACACAUGAACACACUACCACCUUAACCUCCUCCUGUCUCCCAUGGUGCUCUACAAUGCGUUGACUGUAGUCUAUUUAUAUGAGAGAAGUUUGCACAUUGUUUUUUUUCUUCUUGAUUUGUUUUGGUUCAUUUUUGUGUGACUUUUUACUGUUAUUAUUAUUAUUUCUAAACCAGGAAGGCUGUUCUAUUCUCUGCACUGCCCUCCCUCCCCCACUACCCCCCCCUCCCCCCUCAUCUCAGUAGGGGCUUUUCCCCUCACUGAUAACUUGACAUCUGCUUACGCUCUCACAGUCGCCACCAGUCAAAGAAACGAACAGGGUUCCGAAAACAGAGACAACGAUCAGCGGACAGACCACCAAGAUUUUACACCCCUCUAUCUCCUCCAUCUCUUUCCUUUUUUUUCCUCCGCGGUACAGUUUGAUUUUGGGUGGCUGUUGAGUUUGAGAGAAACAGGUUUUGGUCACAACAGACAUUUCACUGGAGUUUACUUAAGGAGUUAUCUAGAAGUUUAGUCUUAGACCCUCCGUUUGUGUCCGUCUGAUGAUUAACAAGCUGUGGUUAAGAAGUCUGAAGGUUGGAUUAGAGAUUAGUUUGCUUUGAAAGGGUAAUUUGUUACAACUUGGGAUCUUAUUUUUGGAGUCACAUUUGUUCUCAAGUUCAUUUCUGAAAUCGGGGAAAGCCGCGACAUCGCUACAAAGACGAUUAGACGAAUUUUAAACAAUCUUCCAGGUUGUUGAAACUUAUUUGAAAGAGAAAACAAAGAGAAACUGUAAAUUAGUAGUAGUAGUAGUGAUUUAUACUGGCCAAACUAUAGAAAUGGUGGCUAAAUCAAUGAAAUUCAGACCCAAGUCGUAAUAAAUCGUAAUUAUCUUUUUAAAUUCAGACUCAUUUUCCUAUUUUCUUUCUCUAUCUUGUGGACAAUAGCACUACCUUGUCUUUUUCCCUUAUUUGGAAUCCAUUUAAAGAGCUCUUUGGCCGAUAAGGGUAAACAGACUUUAAAAGGAACCUCACCCUUAACUUUGGUUUUAUGUGGCUAAUUCUCUGAGUGCCUCCUCUCUGUCAGCAAUAAGACCUUUUCCUUUGUGCUGCAGAGGAAACAGACUAAUGGUUAAUUUACAAAGUCAGCUCACUGUGAAAUAACACAGAGAAGAGAGCGUUCAUUGCGCCCGUGUGUUUGACAUGAAACAAGGGGGGAGGUGGAGGGGACGGGGGUGGGGGGGCGAUCAAAGCGAAGCCAAGGCCUUAAAGUUCAGAACAGGAUGUAACACAGCAAGUGCACAGCUAACGUACCGUGCAGUUUCUAAUGCACUUCUUUUUUUAUUGCUCGUAUUUUUAGUUUAAAGGACAUUUUGAGAAACCUCACCGAUGACCCCUGUGCCUUUCUGUUGUAAAGCUCUAAAGCGGCAGGGUGGGCUCGGGCCACUAGAUAGAUGGCGGCUCAUGUGAACACGGUCUAAUCCUCUUCAUUAAAAAACAGCAGGUGUGUGCAAAUGCUGUUAACCUCCCCCGACCCCUAAACUAAACCUUGAACUCCCAGAACCAAAACAUUCUCCACUUCCUUUUCAUGUUAUAAGAACACAGAUAUGACAGAAGGGCAUGUGUACGGAGAAGGUAAAGGACCAUACCAGUGUUUUUUUUUUUUUAACUACAAAUCAUUUUAGACUUUUGCAGUGGUGGAAGAAGUGUUCAGAUCCCUUAAAUGCUAUUUAAAAAUGCUAUUUAAAAAAUGUACUUAGUAAAAGUACAUAAGAUUUAGCAGCAAAAUAUACUUUAAAUACUAAGCUAAAAGUACCAAUUUCAUCCCUCUGACUGAUAUAUUAUUAUAUAUGACAUCAUUAGAUUAUUAAUAGUGAAGCAUCAGUGUUAGAGCAGCAUGUUACUGUUGUAGCUGCUGGAGGUGGAGCUAGUUUACACUACUUGAUAUACAGUUAAAUAGUUUAGUCCAGUUCCCAACCUAGGUGUCAGGCCCUUAGAAGGGGUCACGAGAUAAAUCUGAGGGGUCCUGAGAUGAUUAAUGACCAUCAAAUAUUCAUCUAGUCUUCUAGUAACUAAAGUUGUCAGAUAAAUUUAGUGAAGUAGAAAAGAAGUAGUAAAAGAACCUCCAAAUUUAACUUAACUACAAUACUUGAGUCAAUGUACUUUUUUUCAUUUUUGUAUGUAUUUUUCCUACCAUACCCAUCAACCAUUGUUUUCCAUUCAUUUAAAUACAAUAUGAAAAUCAAUUAGUAGAUUCUACCACAAACAAAUCAAUUACACGACUUUAGUUUAAAGAAUCUGCUUAUUGAUUUGCAUACUGUACGGUAAUGCAUGGAAACCAAUGGUUGCCUUUGAAAAACAGCUUCCAAAAUACUAAUACAUAACAGGAUAAUUAGCAUAAUGGUUGGCUUCUUGAAUUGUAUACUGGAAUUGUAGUAAAGAGGCUAAAACAUGCAGAACCACUAUUAUGAUUAUGCAAAAAAAAAAAAAAAAAAGCAAUAUAAUUUGACCUGACUUUUGUGGAAGGAGCAGUGUUAUUUCAAGAUAGCCACAAAGGUGUAGCAGCAGUGCAAAAAAAAAAAGGAAAAGUGAAAUGACCUCGUACGACCAUCCGAGAAAUACGAUUUUUGAGAGCGUUCGAGUGGAUGACUGCGAUAAAGAAAGAGAGGAAGGCUUUAUCUGAGGUGGCGUUAAGAAGCGAGCUGCCACUCUCACCAGAGGGGGCUCAGCUUGCCCAGAUCAGGUUACAACCGAUGGAGAGGGCUGGGGGAGGAGGGUGAGGAGAGACCAAAUUUCCUGCAGCUGAGACAAGGAAAGUGGGGGGGAGGAGUAAGAGGAGGAGGGGAGGAUGACCUAUUCUCCCUGAGCUUGCAAAGUUUAGAUCUCAGGAAUAAGGAGGGAUGGGAAGCGAGAG